AUUCAUUCAAAGUUGGAAAGACUGACCCAUAAAUCAAGAAGAAAACCAGAAAAUGAAAUAACGCGUUUCUGGGUUGGGCUGGCCACUAGCCAAUAGCGUAGCUCCACGUACAUUACGACUCGUGGGUGUAAGUAGGUAACUGCAACUGCCUGCAUUUGUCCAACCUAUAUCUCUCCGAAUCAUCAAGGUGUUCAAUCUGUAACCUAAAGCAACCGGUAAAAAGUUGACUUUUUUCUUGAAAAUUUCUACCCAAGAAAAAGAUUUUGGUUUAUGGUCAGGUAUUAUUGCACAUUAAGCGUUAUACAAUUCACCUGGUUCAAUAUUCUUGUUUUCCUCCUUCUGGGCUCCAGAAUAUCGGUGAAUUUACUGAAAGAAUUCAAAAAUUAUAAGGAAGAAAUUGAAAGACCCAGUUGAUAAUUUUUCUUGGUAAAUUCUCUCGUCUCUAAAGAUUUCAUCUUUUUUUCCGCCAGAAGCCCGUUAAAUUUCCGUUUAUCUGGAUCACUUGUUGGUUUUAGUUGUUAAUUCAGGCGAGGAAAAAUCAUUCUUGAUUCAGAAAGAAAGGCCAUUUUGAUAAAUGCUGUCUGUUGAGUUUUUCAAUGACAAGAUUUUGAUCUCUAUGCAUGUAUAGUAGAAUCAGAGGUUAGAACAAUUUGGUCCGCGAAUGGACAACAACAAUAGUUACCCUUCAUCUCCAUUCCCCUACAAUCCUGGCUAUGGCUACACACAUGGUCCAGCACCUCCAAAUCAAUACCCACGACCUGCUCUUCAUCCUUCGGGUUCGGGUUCAUAUGUCUAUCCACAGCAUUCUCAUCAUGGAGCCCCAUAUACCCUUUCACAUACAGGGCCACUGGAUUAUCGAUAUCAAGGUCCUUCAACAUCACUGGCACCCACAUUUGCACCCGCCCAGACAUCAGAGUAUAAUUCCGACCCUUAUCAACUUGGUGUAUACCCGGCUGCUCCUCCUCCACAACCUGGUCUUCAACCAUUUGGUAGUUUCCAAUAUGGUUCAUAUCAUCACCUCCAACGUCUAGAAUCUGGGAGAUUGCAGCCUCCGGAUGUUCAAUCUGGAAUUCCUUCUAGGCUCAGCUGUGAUUACCCCAGUCAUCACCGGCACCAAAGUAGUUCAUUGUCUGGGGGGGAUUCAAUAGCAAAGGCUGACAAUCUAGAUGCUAGUUCCCCCAUUUACCCUCCGGUUUAUCCUCCUAUUGAUAAUCAAUUGGGAAAUAUGCAUUUGGCUGAUGAUCAGAACCAGUCAUCUGUGCCAGCUUCCCCUCCAGCCCCUGCAUCUUCAUCUGCAUCGCCAUCCAGUCCCCCUCAAAAAUAUCACUCGGGACCCUUGCCAAGGACUAAUAAACAUAGUGGUUCUGGGGCUAUAUAUGGGCAGCGUAUUUGCUCCUUUUCAGGCUGGGAGACAUCUCCUACUGUCAAGGCAGAGCGCCCUUCUCCCAUAGCCUCACCUAUUGCCCGACGUCCCAAAUUUCCAUAUGGUGGGACAGGGAUGCAGCUCGUGGAAGUUUCGUCGUCUAAAACGUCUUUGAGGGUUUUGCUCUUACAUGGGGACUUGGAUAUUUGGGUAUAUGAAGCAAAAAACCUUCCAAACAUGGAUAUGUUCCACAAAAGAAUAGGGGAUAUGUUUAACAGAUUGCCUGGUAAUAUGAGCAGCAAAAUUGAAGGACAAAUAAACCGUAAGAUUACAAGUGAUCCCUAUGUCUCCAUAACAAUAACAGGUGCCACUCUUGGAAGGACUUUCGUUAUUAGCAAUGAUGAAAAUCCUGUUUGGAUGCAAAAUUUUAUAGUUCCAGUAGCUCAUUAUGCUGCAGAAGUGAACUUUGUGGUGAAGGAUAACGAUAUUGUAGGGUCGCAGCAUAUAGGAACCGUGUCAGUUCCACUUGAACAUAUAUAUGGAGGAGGGAAAAUUCAGGGAUUUUUUCCAAUUCUUAAUGCUAGUGGCAAGCCUUGCAAAGUUGGAGCUGUUUUGAGUCUAUCGAUACAAUAUAAUCCAAUAGAGCAACUGAGCAUUUACCAUCAUGGAAUUGGUGCUGGCCCUCAUUAUCCAGGAGUUCCUGGGACAUAUUUUCCACUUAGAAGAGGUGGGACGGUUACUCUCUAUCAAGAUGCUCAUGUCCCUGAUGGAUGCCUCCCAAAUUUGAGGCUUGACAAUGGGACACAAUAUAUGCAUGGGAAAUGUUGGCGUGACAUCUUUGACGCAAUACGCCGUGCUCGACGCUUGAUCUACAUUACUGGAUGGUCAGUGUGGCAUAAAGUUAGACUUGUUAGGGAUGAUAAUUCCAUCUCUGAGUAUACUUUGGGUGAAGUUCUGAAGUCAAAAUCACAGGAAGGAGUGAGAGUGCUGCUUCUUAUAUGGGAUGACCCUACGUCAAGAAGCAUACUGGGGUACAAAACAGAUGGAGUCAUGCAAACUCAUGAUGAAGAAACUCGUCGUUUUUUCAAAAAUUCUUCUGUUCAAGUUUUGCUUUGUCCUCGAGUGGCUGGAAAGCGUCACAGCUGGGUGAAGCAGAGGGAAGUUGAAGUCAUUUAUACACACCAUCAGAAAACUGUUAUAGUUGAUGCUGAUGCUGGAAAUAACAGAAGAAAAAUAAUUGCUUUUCUAGGAGGACUGGACAUGUGUGAUGGACGAUAUGAUACUCCUCUGCAUUCACUAUUUGGAACGCUGCAAACUUUCCACUCAGAUGACUAUCACAAUCCAACUUAUACGGGAAAUGUUACUGGUUGUCCACGAGAACCGUGGCAUGACUUGCAUUGUAAAAUUGAUGGGCCUGCAGCAUAUGAUGUUCUAACUAACUUUGAGGAGCGAUGGCUGAAGGCAGCGAAGCCCCAUGGAAUUAAAAAACUGAAGAUUUCAUAUGAUGAUGCAUUGCUCCGAAUAGAAAGGAUGCCUGAAAUAUUGGGAAUGGCUGAUGCUCCUUGUGUACGUGAUGACGAUCCUGAGGGUUGGCAUGUGCAGGUGUUUCGUUCUAUUGAUUCAAAUUCUGUGAAAGGCUUCCCAAAGAAUCCUAGGGACGCUACAAAGCGGAACUUGGUGUGCGGGAAGAACGUUCUUAUAGAUAUGAGUAUACAUACGGCAUACGUUAAGGCGAUCCGUGCUGCCCAACAUUUCAUAUAUAUUGAGAAUCAAUACUUCAUCGGGUCCUCAUAUAACUGGAAUCAAUACAGGGACAUUGGUGCUAAUAACUUGAUUCCCAUAGAAAUUGCGUUAAAAAUUGCCGAAAAAAUUAGAGCGCAUCAGAGGUUUGCAGCUUAUAUUGUCAUCCCAAUGUGGCCUGAAGGUAAUCCAACCGGAGCUCCUACACAAAGGAUUCUAUUUUGGCAGCAUAAAACAAUGCAAAUGAUGUAUGAACUUAUUUACAAAGCUCUAGUGGAGGUUGGCCUUGAGGAUGCCUACUCACCGCAAGACUAUUUGAAUUUUUACUGCCUUGGCAACCGUGAGGCACCCGAUGCAAGCGCUCCAUCUGAGAAUCAGGCCGCAGCAAACACUCCUCAGGGACUCAGCCGGAAAAACCGCAGAUUCAUGAUUUACGUUCAUUCUAAAGGCAUGAUCGUGGACGAUGAGUAUGUAAUAAUCGGGUCGGCAAACAUUAAUCAACGUUCCAUGGAGGGUACUAGAGACACAGAGAUCGCAAUGGGAGCCUAUCAACCUCACCAUACCUGGGCAAGAAAGUUAUCCGGUCCACAAGGACAGAUAUACGGGUAUAGGAUGUCGCUAUGGGCCGAGCAUCUUGGAUUCUUGGAGGAAUGCUUUACUAGACCGGAGUCCCUAGAGUGUGCAAGACGAGUUAGAUCACUGGGGGAGGCUAACUGGGAACAGUUUGCAUCCAAUGAGGUAACAGAAAUGAGGGGACACCUUCUCAAAUACCCGGUCGAGGUUGAUCGAAAGGGCAAAGUGAAGCCGCUACCAGGAUAUGAAACCUUCCCUGAUGUCGGAGGAAACAUAAUUGGAUCAUUCCUCGCCAUACACGAAAACCUGACUAUCUAACUCCUCUGUUGCUCUGAACCACAUUUAGAGACACUGUUAUAAACUGGAGUUGGCAAUUUUGAAUCUUGAACUUGUAAUGCAGUGUGAAACCUUCCGGCUGUUGGUUUUGUAUAUUUCUGGGAGCAAACAAGUACGCGAAGCGAUGAUCAUACUACCAUUGUGAAGAAUUUUAGGCGUA